UCGUUGUGCGUCUUUUAGAGCUGCCCGCUUUCCAAGACGGCGGCAUGUUGUUGCAUUGACGUCAAAAAGGAGCGUGCUGGAUGUAUAAAACCCCGCAGACCUCUGGAGCCGCGGCUCACAGGACUUUCCAGAAUCAGACCAGACAUCUCUGAAAAGUUCAGCUGCAUCAACUGACGAAAAUCAAGACAUGAAGCCGGUCCCCCUCCUGCUGCUCCUCUCCUCGGUCCUCCUCUGGUCACACCCCCGCCCCGCCGCCGGCAGACCGCGCUCUCUCCCCGGCUGGCUGGAUGGCACCAGCCGCCUCCAGACACAGCAGGUGGACGAUGUUCUUCUCAGGGCGGCCACGGAAGGCGCCGCCUCGGAGCUGGUGGGCGACCACCUGCUGCGGCUGCUCCAGCGGAGGGACCCGGACCGCCUCCACCUGCUGCUGCCGGAAGCUGACGGCGAGGAGGAAGAGGAGGAGGAAGAGGCGCUGAGGACCGCGGCGCAGCUGCUGAAGCGCAGCGAGGAGCCGCCGCUCUCCAUCGACCUGACCUUCCACCUGCUGAGGAAUAUGAUCCAGAUGGCCAAGAUGGAGAGCCAGCGGGAGCAGGCUCAGCUCAACCGCAAGGUGCUCGACGAGGUGGGAAAGUGAAGCUUGCCGGGGAUUCCUCCAUGGCAGAAUCCAAAACCUGAGAUGAUGCGCCUGCCUUCCCCACUGACAACAUUUUACGCACACGGUGCCAUUUUACGCAUGUGUUUUGUUUGUUUUCAUUCAAGAACAGUGACGGAAAACACUGAACAGGACUUCUCAGAACCCCUCAUUCCCGUCAAUCCCCGCUAAACUGAACUGUAGUGGAUCUGCGUAUAAAGUGGAAAACCUCCGACGACCUUCUGUUAGUUUUCAAUGUUGUCAUUUGGAAACCGGCUGUUCUUUUAAUCCGCGCCUAAAACAAACAGCGGAUUGAUAAAUGAGGGUGUGAAUGGUACCAGAAAUAGUUCCAAGACAGACAGGAACUGUUCUUAUUUCUGUCCAAACAAAAAUGUCUGGGAAAGAUGAACAUUUCAGAAAAUUACUAAAUAAAAUUAAGAAACAUAAAUACUUUUAACUCAUUUAAAUGAAACCACUUCUGAUUAGGGAUGAAACUAUUAAUUGUGUUGAAUCUAUUAUUGAAAUAACAGUCAACUGAUCAAUUAAUUGUUAAUUGGAGUAGAUUAUUUGCUUAAAAAGCAACAUCUUCAGAACAGUAAUCAAGCCAAAACUGUAUAAAAUACAAAUAAAUUUUGCUUUAAAGGUGAAAACAUUUCUGUCUGCAAAUAUGUUUUUGCCCAAAACUCCUCAAGUGGCCACUAUCAGCUUCACCCAAAUCAAAUUCACUAAAGGAACUUAUUGCAUUUUAGGAAAUAAAAUUUAAUAAAUACAUUUAAUUAUUUUUCAUCUCUUGGUGUAUUUCUAAUAUAUAAAAAAGUUCUAAAUGGUUAAAUGAAAAAUCUAUCAAAUGUGACAAUUUUUUAUCCGAUUAGUUGAUUAAUUGUCAGAAAAAUCUGUUACUACUUACAGUUCGCAGUCUGUCUUCAGAACUGUGGAAUCAUUUCUCUCAACAAAGAAGGGAAUCUGUUCUUGUGUGUGUGUUGGUGUGGGUGUGUGGGUGUUUGUGUGUGUGUGUGUUUGUGUGUGCUGGAGCAAAUAUAGUCUUUGAUUGAUGUUCUGUUACGACUUUCCUUCAGAUCAAGACAUUUUCGUUUCCGCUCAUGUUGUCUUUAAGUUUGGGUUUCUACCUGAGCAGGAGCACACUCACCUGUACAUUAUAAACUGUAGCAUGUAAACUGAAAAAAGAAAGAAAAAAAACUUAGUUUUGUUCAUGUCUGUCACAUCUGUCUUUGUUUUAGCAACACAGUUUUAAAAAAGCUUUUUGCCAUUUAUAUUUUCUAAUAAAAAAGGUUACAGUGAAAAUUGUGUGUUUUCACUUCUCUUGUAAAUAUUAGUUUAUUUUUGCUAUUUGCUGUGGUUUGUUUAAACAUUGUGAAGAUCAGAAAUAUCAUCUUAAAACUGUAAAAACUGCAGAUUAAAUCAAACAUUUAAAUCACUUUCAUUUAAACCAAUUUUCUUUAAUAUCCUGCAGCCAUGAUGGAAAAAACUUUAUACUUUAUGACGGCGGUGUCAAACUCAUUUUCAGCUGUGGCAGAAUGUAUUGAUGAAACCCAUUAAAUGCUAAAUUUGCUUAAUUAGUACUUCUUAAAUUGUAACAAGUUUUAACAUCUUUUCACGUUUGUCCAAUACAAAACUAUAGAAAUGGACAAAAUAAUAUUUAACCAUUGUUAUUUUUACUUUAAAUGUAUAUUCAAUUCAUUAUUCACUCAUUUUCAAAGCAAUACUAUAAACCUAACUUCAACUCAAUUCAUACCAAAGUCCUAAACCUAUUCGAUAACCCAAAAACAAAACGUAUUUUUUCUUUUUACUGCGGCUUUGGGCCCCAUAAAGAGCCAUCAGUCCUCACAGUUUAAGUAUUUGUUGGAAAAUUUGACCUUAUAAGCUGAGAAACGUUAAAACAACAUUUGGAUCCAAGUUUUUACGCUCCAUCUUUGCCACUAAAUGUAAUUUGAUUUAAUUAGCAUUGUGUAGUUUCUCUGUCCUCUGUGUUUUUUCUCUCUUUCUGCAGGUGUAGAAACAGACUUCUUUAAUGUUUUCUCUCCAUUUUUUUCCUUUCUUUCCGUGUCCAUUGCAUUCAAAAUAAACCCAUAUCAAUUUCUA